GAUUCGAUAUGCUGAAUUCGAAUACUCGAAAACAGAAGAAAUUUCAGUGAGCAAAAGAUUGUUCUUCUACGAUGGGACCAAAUCAAGGUCGAAAGGCUCGAGUGAUAGCAAAAAUCAAAGGCUUCACAGAUCUAGAACAGGAAGCCUCCGGAAAAUGGAUUUCAGUUCACAGAGGAGAUGAUUCGGGACCUGUUACGCUUUCUUUUGGAGAUGAAUCGACAAGUCGGAAAGAGUCGUACGAACUGGAUUAUUGCUACGAUCGGAGCGAGGGAAAUGAUUUAAUUUUUCCGAGGGAGGUAAAGCCACUUGUUGAAGAUGUUUUUAGUGGUUGUAAUGCCACAGUCAUUGCUUCUGGAGCAAGAGGCAGUGGAAAGACUUUUACAAUUCAGGGUUGGGAAGCAAAACCGGGUUUAGCUGUACUAGCCAUGGUUGAAAUCCUUUCGAUGGCAGAGAGAGGUGGCAAGUUAAUUUCCAUAUCAUGUUAUGAGAUUUUGAAAGACCAUGCUUAUGAUCUUUUAGAUCCAAAUAGGCAUGAAGUUUUAGUGUGGGAGGAUGUUGCUCGUGGCAAAAUUCAACUUAAAGGACUUUCUCAGAUUCCUGUGAAGUCCAUUGAAGAAUUUCAAAAACUAUAUUUUUCGAGUCAGAAUUCACAUAAACAUCUUUCGAGCCAAAAUUCACACAAACAAUCUGAGAAGAUGAUCGCUGAACCUCAUCAGAGAAGUCACAAAGGCUUAAUCAUUCAUGUAUUUCGGGACGAGCAAUCUUAUGCACUUCCUCUUGGGAAGAUGAAUUUUGUUGACUUAUCAGGUUAUGAGGAUGGUAGAAAGAAAAGCACCGAUGGUGUUAAUCUCCAAGAGAAUAAUAUAAUUAAUAAGUCCAUAUAUGCCUUACAUAAUGUUGUUUAUGCUUUAAAUGCCAAUGAGAGCCAUGUCCCUUAUCGUGAAAGUAAACUAACUCGAAUGCUGCGCGACUCGUUGGGAGGGAUGAAUAAGAUAUUGAUGAUCACUUGCUUGAAUUCAUCCUAUUGCCAAGAUUCGUUGUACAUGGUAAAAUUGGCUUCUCGUUCUUAUAAAGGCGCCAAUAAGAUUAUACCCAACUCCACAAAGAAAACUAAAAGCAUGGUAGAACCUACAAUGCUUUCUUCUUCAAGCAAGACAGCUUCUGCAAUCAAGACAAAACAAAUUGGAACACGAUCGAGAUUUUUGGCAAACAAAGCAAAUGUCAAGGCUUCAACUAUCAAAGGAAGGAAACUUUUUGAUGAAACAUGCAAUUCAAUCAAAUCUAAGAAGGCAUCUCAGGAGGAAAGCUUGACAUUAGAAAUUGUCUCAUCUGUUACUGAACAUGCCAAGCAGGAAGAGGAAAGGCAAUCGUCAGGUAUUUCAGAAGCAGUAGGAUCUUUUACAGAGGAUCAUUACCCCUUGCAAUUUUCUAGUGCAGAAGAAAGUGAUAUGCUAGUUAAGGCUACAAAAGAAACCAUGUUACCAGACAAGGUUAAUGUGACUGAUGAGAAUAAUCAUGAUAAAGCUACUCCAAAAAUUGAUAGCAACUGUGAGGCACUUUCUUUUGUUGGAGCAGAUUCAGCCAAAGACAAGGAAAAUACCCUUGCACUUGUUGACAAGGAUGAGAGCAAGGAUGAAUUGCCCCCGAUUAGCACAAGAUUGCAGGAGUUGUCUAAAAAUCUGAAAUUGCUUUAUUCCUCAACUCCGUCGAGCAUAGAUAUUCUGUCAAAAAUUGAUAUUCCGUCGAAAAUUGAUUUUCCAACUGAUAGUGAAGUCCCAACAGAAAUUUUGGAGCCGGAAACUCCGAGAACUCCAGAACCAAGAUUACUAGCUAAUGACAAAUCAGACAUUGCAAUUAACAGUUGCAGUCCGUGGAAAGCAUUCAGUGCUCGUAGUUCUAGAAUGAAGAACUCUCUUGUCGAUGAAUAUCUUAGAUUCUUAAACACAGCUAGCAAAGAAGACUUGAAAAGAUUGAAGGGAAUUGGAGAAAAAAGAGCUACAUACAUUCUUGAACUUCGUGAAGAAUCACCAGAGCCUUUUCAGGAUCUUGACGAUUUGAAAGAAAUCGGCAUGUCAGAAAAACAGAUCAAAGGAAUAAUAAGAAAGGAAAUGGGAGGGCUGUUCAGUUAGCCUAUCAAGGAUGGAUUUCAAGUUUCAGCAUGCAACUUGAAGUUGCCAAUUUGCAAAAUCCUACCUGUUCUGUUAUUAUGAGUAUUUU